AUGAAGUUCUCACUCGUUUUUGUAUCAAUUGCCCUUUUCUCGACUGCCUACGCUGCCCCCAGCGCCCAGCCUGCUCCUCAGAAUGCCGAGCUCGUAGCGCGCGGCAACUGCCCCGCCCCCCAGGAUUGCCAGUGCACAGCCACGUUUGACGGCCUCGCCCGCCCCAUCGAGCUUGGCUCCACCGUCUCGGCCCGCAUCCCCGGCGCCGACCGAGGCCUGACGACCUCGAAUUGGCGCGGCGUCGACGGCCGCGGCUAUCAUCAUUUCUGUAGAGUUACGGUGGACCGUGUUUGCGGCAACUGUCAGGCCUGGAAGACUACGACGGGCGAAUGCGGAUUCUUCAAACUUUCCAAGUUCUCUUGCGUCAACGCUUAA